AUGUUAAAAGAUGAUCGUCUGUCUCAGCACGUACCAACUUUGCAUCCAACUUCUGAAGAGCUAGUUAUGGGUAAUAUGAAAUUUACAACAUUUGAUUUGGGAGGUCAUGCUCAAGCUCGAAGAGUCUGGAAAGACUAUUUUCCAGCUGUUGAUGCCAUUGUGUUUUUGGUUGAUGCUGUUGAUCGACAGCGACUUAUGGAAGCUAAGACAGAACUAGAUAGUUUGUUGACAGACGAACAAGUAGCAAAUGCGCCUGUUGUUGUACUUGGGAAUAAAAUUGAUGUGCCUGGUGCUGUUAGUGAACAAGAAUUACGUUAUAUUUUGGGUGUAUCGUCGACAGGAAAGGGCAAUGUAUCUCGCAACGAAGUGACCGGUCGUCCAAUGGAAGUAUUUAUGUGUAGUGUUUUAAGGCGAGAAGGUUAUGGUGAAGCAUUUCGAUGGUUAUCACAAUAUUUGUAA